CCGAGGCGGAGGAGCCGAGCGCGGGACACAAAAGUGGCUUCCGCUGAAAGCUUAGGCGGCGGCGGGAGCUGGUCCCUCCGGAGAGCGAUUGUGUGGGAGAGGAUUUUCGGGAAGCCGCUUUUUAACACCGCCGCUCUCUGCCUCCCAAGCCUCCCUGUGACCCUCGGAGCGCGAUGUACAAUACGGUGUGGAGUAUGGACCGCGAUGACGCAGACUGGAGGGAGGUGAUGAUGCCCUAUUCGACAGAACUCAUAUUUUAUAUUGAGAUGGAUCCUCCAGCUCUUCCACCAAAGCCACCUAAGCCAUUGACUUCAGCAGUUACAAAUGGAAUGAAGGACAGUUGUAUUACUCUUCAAGAUGCAGAAUGGUACUGGGGAGAUAUUUCCAGGGAAGAGGUAAAUGACAAAUUACGGGACAUGCCAGAUGGCACCUUCUUAGUUCGUGAUGCCUCAACAAAAGCGCAGGGGGACUACACGUUGACCCUGAGGAAAGGAGGAAAUAAUAAACUAAUAAAGAUCUAUCAUCGGGAUGGUAAAUAUGGCUUCUCUGACCCUCUGACAUUUAAUUCUGUGGUGGAGCUCAUUAACCACUAUCACCAUGAAUCUCUUGCUCAGUAUAAUCCCAAACUCGAUGUGAAGCUGAUGUACCCAGUAUCCAGAUACCAACAGGAUCAGUUGGUAAAAGAAGAUAACAUUGAUGCAGUAGGUAAAAACCUGCAAGAGUUCCACUCUCAGUAUCAGGAGAAGAGCAAAGAGUAUGAUAGGCUGUAUGAAGAGUACACCAGGACGUCCCAGGAAAUACAGAUGAAGAGGACUGCAAUCGAAGCUUUUAAUGAAACGAUUAAAAUAUUUGAGGAGCAGUGUCAUACCCAAGAACAACACAGUAAAGAAUAUAUUGAGCGAUUUCGCAGAGAGGGGAAUGAAAAGGAGAUUGAACGAAUUAUGAUGAAUUAUGAUAAAUUGAAAUCACGCCUUGGUGAGAUUCAUGAUAGCAAAGUGCGUCUAGAGCAGGAUUUGAAGAAACAAGCUUUGGACAACCGGGAAAUAGAUAAGAAAAUGAAUAGCAUCAAACCUGACCUGAUUCAGCUGCGUAGGAUCCGUGAUCAGCACCUUGUGUGGCUCAAUCACAAAGGAGUGAGGCAGAAGCGCCUGAAUGCCUGGCUUGGGAUCAAGAAUGAGGAUGCUGAUGAAAGCUUUUUUAUCAAUGAGGAAGAUGAGAACCUGCCACAUUAUGAUGAGAAAACCUGGUUUGUGGAGGAUAUCAACCGAGUACAAGCAGAGGACUUGCUCUAUGGGAAACCAGAUGGCGCAUUCUUAAUUCGCGAGAGUAGCAAGAAAGGAUGUUACGCUUGUUCUGUGGUUGCGGAUGGGGAAGUGAAGCACUGUGUGAUCUACAGCACUGCUCGAGGAUAUGGCUUUGCAGAACCCUACAACCUUUACAGCUCGCUCAAGGAGCUGGUGCUCCAUUACCAGCAGACAUCCCUGGUCCAGCACAAUGACUCCCUCAAUGUCAGGCUCGCUUACCCUGUCCACGCACAGAUGCCCUCACUCUGCAGAUAAGCGAGGGGAAGAGACAUGCUCUCCAGCAGUUUUUCCUGCGGUUUUUAUUAGACUCCGGUGAGGGCAUUCUUUCUACGUAGACUGCUUGUUUUGCACAAGUGAUUCUGUGAAUGUGAAAUGGAGAGGCCAAGCAGUAGCUGGCCAGGAUUUGGGGAUAAAUGAGGGGCCCAGGGUCUCUGGACUCAAGUUGUGCUGCUGCACUGACAUACUAAGCUGGAAGCAGAUAUUGGUUUCAUAGGCGUUUUGUUUUGUUGUCAGGCACCUUUGAAAGAACAGUUAAACUUGUUUGGGGUGGGGAUGGGGUGGGGAUGGGGUGGGGAUGGGGCCUUUAUUUGGAAGCCUCUGAAGAGUCCAUGUCCUCUUGUCUUCAACUCUUUUGAGAAUAGAGCAGGUCAUGGUUCUGCUGGGAGUUGUUUUGCUUUGAUAGUCUCUCCCCCACCAAAUAAGAAGCCAAGUCUGGCUUUGUGGUAAAAUGGGGUUUGGUUUGGAGGAAGGAAAAAAAAAAAAAAAACAACCAAAGGAAAAUAGGGAGGUGUGGGGUUUCAUUUACAGAAUCUAAACUAAGGAGGCGAAAGACUCCUUUAAUUGAUGUUACUUUUAAUUGUACCAAUGUAAUUUAGACUUCAGCAUCUUACCAUCUCCUCCCUCUAAAGCACUGUGUUCAUAAACCAACAAAGCAGCAUCACCAGACCAAGGUCUAAGGGGAGAAGGACACAGUAACUGAAUGUACACUUCUGUAUCAAAACUUGAAAGAAAACUAGAGAUGUGAGUUUCAACAAACACUAAAAUUGGUCAGUGUGUUUCCCUUUGCCCUGGCCUUGUUUCUCAGAGGUAAGGAAUAGAAUUAUUUUGUGUGGAUAGUGAAGUUGGUGCUUAUGUGGUGUUUCUUUAGUCUAAUGAAUGAUGUUUGAAACCUUCGUAAGUUGUUUUAUGAGUAAAGAAAAGGUGCAAUCCAGUGCUUUUAGAUGGCUUGAUAUACCAAAUAGAGAACAACAUUGUUGUGUGCUUCCCCAGGUUUAAAAGCCUUGCCAAAACUAUACAAGGGUUAAUAUGCCUUCAUUUCCCCUUCCUUUUCUGGGUAGGGUUUAGGGAGCCAUAGGUAGCUAGAGGAGGACUCAGUUUAUGGUCAGAGACCUCAGUAAAUCACGGACACAUGGGCCCUGGUGUCCAGGGUGAAAGGCCCAUUGUAUUACAUGUUAUUCUAUACUGUGGUUGAACUUUUGCCAGAAGAGGGGAUAGCAUUGGAGUUCAGACUAUCUGGGGAAAUAAUCUACAGGCUUUUCUAUUUAUUUGCCUUUUAUUGUGAGCCUUCCAGUAAGGCAGUGGGCAUAGCCUGCCCUCAUGCUUCAGUAACUGUGAUUUUAGGCCAGGAAUCUUCUGCUCCAUGUGGUUUAGACCUUCCAGCUAAGUGAAGUGAGGUAGAGGGCAGACAUCUAUUCCUGGCUUCACACUCUGUUAAAUGAGUCCAGCUGCUCAGAGCCAAUCCUGGAGCCUUAACAGGCUCAGUGUGACUCAGCUGGCUGAGCUCAGUGAAGUGCAGCAGGCAUUCUAGUUGGACAAGAUAAGCAGCCUGUACCUGAGUCUUGGCUCAUAAGGCUUAUAAUCAGGGAAGAUUGAGUUUGGGGGCCAAAACAAAGAUGAAUGUGACUUUCCCUGAGCACUUACUCUGGUGACAGUGUCUAGAAUGAGCUGCAGUAUAGAGAUAGACAGAUCAACAGUUUUGGAAAAUCAUCACAAUGAGGAUAGGAAGGAAAGGGCAUGUUAUUUAUUGUCGGCUUCUCUUUGCUGAUGCUCCAAUAUGGAAUGAGAGGAAAUUGACCUCCCUCAGCCACUGUUGAAGGCCUUCCGUUUUUCAAAAUUGCCAGCUUGAAAUCUUGCUCAGUUUACCAAGUAAUGUCAGGCUAUUUGCUGAUUGGCAUACCUAUGUGACUUCACACCUGAUGUUGAAAUUGCUGAAGCCAUUACAUGCUCAAGAUUAGGUGCAAGGAAUCCCUACCAUCUGACACUAAAUUUUUAGUUGGUCCUGAAUGCUUUUUUCCCCCCACAAUUAAGUAAAAAUGAAAUAGGAUACACAACUUUAGUGUUGAAUAAUGUCAUUAUUUUAUAGGCAGACAUGGAGGAUGUACAGGAGAAAGCAUCUUAACAUCUACACCUAGGCUAGACUGUGGAAGUUUUUCAGUCCUUUAUUCCUUUAAGUGAUCACUUUGUGGGGGCUGAGACCCAGGAUCAUUUUAAAAAUUGGAAUUUAUAUUUUUCUGACAAGUUGCCACAUGAUUUACUUGAUCCUGAGCUGUGGAGAUGGCAUAAGGACCAGUCUCCUAACAGUAGCCCAGGUGUCUGAGGGAGUCAACAUGCUGCUAUUUAUUGCUCCAUGGCUCAGAAGCAGGUAUUUUCUUCUUCCCAAAUCUAGCUCAAUGUUUUGUCCCAUAAUCUGGGUCCUGGCAUUGUCUCUUUUGAUAUCUUAACUGUAGUCUCAUUGACCGAAGAAGAGGUAAAGAUACACGGCUUUUUUUUUUUUUUUUUUUUUU